AUGUCAACAAUUACAUAUACAACAAAUAAUAAUGAAAUUGCUCAACAACAACUAAAUGCACCACCUCAACAACAACAACAACAAAGAUAUGGACGAGGUGGUGUUUUAGUGGGCAAUCAAUUAAAUUAUCGAAGCAAUCAAUUUAAUUAUCGUUCCAAUUAUAGAGGGAACCAGUAUACAAAUCGAAGAAGAAGAAAUACUAAUUAUUAUGAAAAUAGAAAUUAUGCAUAUGUUCCAAAUUAUAAUCGUCGAAGAAAUAAUAAUAAUAAUAAUAAUAUAUUUUAUAAUCAAAAUAGAUAUAUGAAUAAUAAUGGGGGUGUUUUUGUACAACGUCAAAGACGAUUCAAUCGAAGUUGGUCAAGAAAUCGAUUAUAUCAACAAAGAUCGAGAAGUCGAUCAAUAAGACAAGUACGACGUGGUCCACGGCAAAUAAGAUUAAAUGAUUUUAUGCCAAAAAAUCUACAAGGUGAUUGUUCGCAAGAUUCAAGAAAUCUUCUAGAUGAUUUUAAUUUAAAUAAUGCAAUUACAACAGCACCACCUGAUGCAUUACCACAACGUACAAUAUUUACAAAUAAUACUAAUAAUACAACACAACCAUUUAUAGUUAAUCAACCAAAUAAUAAUCUAAUUCAACAACGUACAAACACUUCAUCAUAUCGUCGUCGACAACGUCGAUAUCGUCAACAACAAUAUCAACAUCAAAAUAAUAUUGAUUAUAAUAAUAGAUUUGAAAUAUUAAAUGACAUAAAUGAUAUUGAUAAUGAAAAUGAAUUUGAUAAUAAUAAUGAUUUAGUUGAAAUUGAAAUAAAUAAUAAUAAAAAUAAAAUUAAAAAUAAAAAUAGAAAUAAAACUAAGAAAAAGAUUCGAAUAUAUCUUCAACCAAAUAGAAUAUUGAAAUGGUUUGAAGAAAGUUCAAAACAAAGUAAAAAUGCUAUAAGUGGUCGUGGUAAUCAAGCAUAUACAUUAGCGACUACUUCUAUCUAUGAUGAAUGGAUAAGAAAUAAUUAUGAACUACAAGUCUGGCAAGAAUAUUUUAAAUUAGGUACUGAAAAAAAGUUUUGGGCAAAAGAAGUUAUACAACGUACUAAAAAACGUGAUAAUUUAAUAAAUACAAGAUUUUUUCAAAAGAAAAUUAAAAGAUUAACAGAUGAAAUAGCUGCAUUAAGUGCCAAUAUUUCAUAUUUACAAAUACAAUUGUCAACAUAUUGGAUGCAUACGACAUCCGAAGCAACAACACAAAAAAUUGUUCAUACAACAGCUGAAUUAACAGCUAAUCUAGUAACAACAACAAAUGCUAAUAUCCCAUCACUAGCUACAACAAUGUCAACAAUUAAAAAUCAAACACGUGAACCAGUUGACCGUCUUGAAAAAUAUAUAUUAGAAUAUUUACAUAAAUGUACACAACAUGUGAAAAAACUAGCUGAAAAUCGUAUACAAUUAGCUAAAGCACAAAUGGCUGAAUAUAAAGCUUUUGAAGAUUUUCAACAAAUAGCAACUCCAAUUCAUUGGAAUUACAAUUCAACUUUAAAAUCUAAAAUAAAAUUAUGGUCAACUAAAUAUAAAAAUUAUCGAACAAUUACAGAACGUAUUAAAUUAGAUUUACCACCAAAAUUUAUUUCAAAAGUUGAUUUUAAUUUUAAAAUAGAUGAAUCAAUAAUUAGUCAAGAAGAAGCACAAGUUUUAUAUAAUCGUAUGCGAGAAAUUACAAAAAAUUAUCGAAUAGAAGCAAUGACUUUAUAUGAACAAACAACUGCUCGAGAAUAUGAAUUAUUAACAAAUGAAAUGAAACAAAUAAUUGAAAAUUUUCCAAAAAUAACUAACGAAGAUGAAGUUAGUUUUGCUUCUUUUAAACAAUAUCAUGAAUUACCAGAAAAACAAUUAAAUAUUGAAAUUAAAAAAUCAAUUUAUUUUUUAUUCGAACAGCGAGUCGAGGGCGAAAUCGACAAUUUAUUAUUACAAGAGGAAGAAUUAAUAAUUGCCCCGACUCCAAUACAAGAACAUGAUUUAUUGACAUUGGGUCCAAGAUUUAUAUUUAAUGAUCCAAAAACAGCAUCUCGAAGACGUACAACUGAAUUGGCAACUCUAAAACGAAAAAUUGCAGAUCGAUUUUUAGAAAAAGGCAUUAUACCUGGUCGUCCAAUUGAACAAUUUAUUGAUGAAGUAGAUGUUCUUCUUCAAAAUUUGCAUGAUACAUUAGUUUCUAAACAAAAUAAAAAUAAAGAUAUUAGUUUAAGAAAUAAAGAUAUUACCUUAAUAAGAGAAAAUCAAUCAAUUCAAUCUGAAAACUACAAUAUUUCAAUACUUCGAAAAAAGAAAAAUUAUGGUCGAUUAAUAAAAAGAUUGAAACAUAAAUUUAGAUUGACUAAUAUUGUACUGAGAAAAUCAGAUAAAUCAAAAGUUUUUCAUUUAGGUAAAUUAGAACACUAUCAUAAAAAAUCAGAAGAAUAUAUGGAUAAGACUCAAGCAUACAAAUGUCUUGAAAAAGAAAAUCCAUUACCUGAUUUAAUUCAAAGAACCAAUAAAUAUUUAUUAGAUUUAAGAUUAGCCAAAUGGAUAACACAGAAACAAUAUGAAUUAUUAAGUGUUAAACCAAAUGAAGUAGAAUUAGCACAUUUAUAUUAUUUACCAAAAGCUCAUAAACCUGGUACUCCUUUACAACCAAUAAUCAGUGGUCUUAAACAUCCUACAAUUAAAAUAUCAAAAUUUCUCGAUGAUUUAUUAAGACCUUUAUUCGAUAAAAUGGCUAUUCAAUCAACAGUCACUUCUGGUUUUGAAUUAUUGAAAAAAUUAAAAGAAUGGUCAGAAUUAAAUAUAAAUCAGGAAACAUUAUUUUGUACAAUCGAUGUAGUUGAUUUAUAUACAAUGAUUCCACAAGUAGAAGGAGUAUUAUCAUUGAAAAAGAUGUUAGAUUAUUUAAAUUUGAAACAAAUUGGUGGUUUAAAAAUUGAAACAAUUAUUAAGCGCUUGAAAGGUGGACUUUGCAUUGUUUGCCCAACAUAA